CAAGAAACGACAAACAAGAACAAAACAAAUACAAAAUUCAAAAAUGAUAAAGAAUGAUUAAAUGAAUGAUUAAAUGAAUUUGAAUCCUAAUCAAGUAAUUAAUCAUUCAGAAUUCAAGUAGUUCUUGGAAAGCACUAUACGGCUACCCAAAUUUUUCAACUUCAUGAGAAGAGUAUCAAGAUGCUACUAAUAUUUACAUCAGGGAUGAAGUUCUCAAAUCGAAUUUUACCUAAAUGGAAAUCAAAUAGAUGUUUUUCUUCAAAAGAACCCAAGGAAAAUCAUUAUGACAUCGUUAUUGCAGGCGGAGGAAUGAUUGGAACCACCUUAGCAUGUGUUUUAGGACGAAAUGGAAAGCUCUCUGAUAAAAGAAUUUUAUUAUUGGAGGCUGGGGCUCAGAAAUUAUGGUCAUUACCUGAAAAAUACAGUAACAGAGUUGUGUCACUAAACCCAGGAACUCAUAAAUUACUCAAUGAUAUAGGAGCUUGGAGAUCUAUUGAAAACUCAAGAUUUGCUACUGUUAAGAGACUUCAGGUUUGGGAUGCCCUUUCUGACACAUCAAUAACUUUUGGAGAUGAAUCUGAAUUAGAAGAUGUGUCAUAUGUUGUUGAGAAUGAUUUACUUCUCCAAGCUGUCACUGAAGUGGCAAAAACUAUUGAUAAUGUAGAAGUGUCUUAUAAUGCCAAAGUUAAAAGUUACCAUUUGCCAGAAUUUCAAGAAAAUUUUGUGAAGAUCAACACUGAGAAUGGUAAUCAAUAUGCUUGUGACUUAUUGGUGAGUUAA